AUGAAGUACAUAUUGAGACAGUUUUUCACAGAGGGGAAGGGAGUUUCCUACUACGUUGGAACCUUGGGGACUCACACUGAGAUCAAGAAAGUGGCAGAGGAGAAGGUCACUCUGCCCUGUCACCAUCAGCUGGGGCUCCCAGAAAAAGACACCCUGGAUAUCGAAUGGCUGCUCACUGAUCGUGAAGGGAACCAAAAAGUGGUGAUUACUUACUCCAGCCAUCACGUCUACAAUAACUUGACUGAGGAACAGAGGGGCCGAGUGGCCUUCGCUUCCAAUUUCCUGGCAGGAGAUGCCUCCCUGCAGAUUGAGCCUCUGAAGCCCAGUGAUGAGGGCCGGUACACCUGCAAGGUGAAGAACUCAGGGCGCUAUGUGUGGAGCUACGUCAUCUUAAAAGUUUUAGUGAGACCAUCAAAGCCCAAGUGUGAAUUGGAAGGAGAGCUGACAGAAGGAAGUGACCUGACUUUGCAGUGUGAGUCAUCCUCUGGCACAGAGCCCAUUGUGUAUUCCUGGCAGCGAGUCCAGGAGAAGGCGGGAGAGGAUGAACGUCUACCUCCCAAAUCUAAGAUUGACUACAACCGCCCUGGACGUGUCCUGCUGCAGAAUCUCACCAUGUCCUCCUCUGGGCUCUACCAGUGCACAGCGGGCAAUGAGGCUGGGAAGGAAAGCUGUGUGGUGCGAGUGACCGUACAGUAUGUACAGAGCGUGGGCAUGAUUGCUGGAGCAGUGACAGGUAUGGUGGCCGGAGCCCUGCUGAUUUUCCUCUUGGUGUGGCUGUUGAUCCGAAGGAAAGACAAAAAGAGAUACGAGGAAGAAGAGAGACCAAAUGAAAUUCGAGAAGAUGCGGAAGCCCCGAAAGCCCGCCUGGUGAAGCCCAGCUCCUCUUCCUCGGGCUCUCGAAGCUCUCGCUCCGGCUCCUCCUCCACGCGCUCCACCGCCAACAGCGGCUCCCGCAGCCAGCGGACCCCAUGCGCCGAGGCGGCGCGCCGGCCAGGGCUGGGUGCCCACGCCUACGGCCCGGUGGGGCCCGAGGCCCGAGGUUCUGAACCAAAGAAAGCCUCCCACGCUACCCUGACCAAAGCAGAAAACACCCCCAGCACGAUCCCCAGCCAGAGCAGAGCCUUCCAAACUGUCUGAGUUAGAGUGGACUUGACUCGCUGGCUUUUCCCAGGCGUCAGGAUUCUUCCGGUCAUCGACGCUCAGUCACCAGCCACACGACCCGCCUCGAGCCCAACGAGGGGUCAUUUAAGUAGCAGCAACCACUGCACGGAACAGAUUCAAAGGAACACUUUCCUUACAUGACACCAAACGAGGAAAAGGAUGUAAGCUGAUCAUCUCCAAAAAGGCACCUCACUGUGCCUUUAGACCAGAGUUGGGGGGCGAAAUGGGGGCCCAAAUCUGGGUGUUUGGGGACCAGGAGCCAUGGUGAAAGAGUUGGGGAAAGGGGAAGUGAACACACUUAGAACUUCUCACCUGCAGUUUUGUAUCAACGCGUUGACUCACCAUUGUCAAGAAACGAGGUGUUGUUCAUAAAUUUUCUAUGCAUUUCUGCAAACCUACUGGAUUAUUAUGACUGUUCAGAGUCAAGCAGAACCUACAGCCUUAUAUUACACCUAUUUGCACCAUGAGAAACUCCAAAAAAUGAAACACGUCUCUUCUGUCCUGACUUGACGUCAUUUACCACAAAGUUUGGGUAUUAAUUUCAAGAGGAGUUGAAAUAGUGGGAGAUGGAGAAUGAUUGAAUUUUCCCACGACUUACCGGUUGAACACCAAUAAUCCACA